AUGUCCAAUUCCUUCGCGCGGACGUUGAGUAGUUCCUUCACUCCAACGGGACUAAACUCUUCCCCAACACCCACUCCUUCCGCCUUAGAACUUGACUGUUGUGUUGUGCCCGUGCGGAAUAACUUCAAACUUAUACAGACUACCGAUUUUUUCUACCCCUUGAUUGAUGAUCCUUACACUAUGGGAUGGAUUACGUGCUGCAACGUUUUGAGUGACUUGUACGCAAUGGGUGUUGUAAACUGUGACAAUAUGCUCUUGCUGCUUGGUGUUGCACAGGGAAUGACCGCUACAGAACGUGAAGUAUGCGUGAAACUUUUGAUGGAGGGAUUUCGCGAUUGUGCUGCUGAAGCUAAUACGUGCAUUCGUGGUGGUCAGACUGUUUUAAGUCCGUGGCUAAUGAUCGGCGGAGUCGCAACCUCAGUCUGUAGCGAUUCAGAGUAUAUUAUCAAGUGUUCGACCUCCAUAGAUUACGUUGGUUGGGGCAUGUGCCGUGCAUGUCACCCAAUAGGUUGCCGCGGUGAGCGAUGUUUUCCGAGGCGGGUGGUGGAUAGGAAAAGGUCAUGGGCGGUCAAAGUAAGAGCUGAGAUAAGGGUCUGA